AACCUCUCCACAUGUGACUACAGUGUCCAUUUUUAGAGGAAGAUCGGCACACUCAGUCACGGUUGGAGUUCUUGCCCUUUAGUUGGGAUUAGAGAUGUAAAAUAAUUAUUAUUCAACCGUUAAUACGUUUUUUUUAGUUUGUUACAUAUAUCUUCCCCAGUUUGUUUAAUCUCAUUAUUGAUCGGAUUUUCCCCCCUUUAUUUUUCGUGUGGACGUUUUGAGAUAUAAUUUUUAUUUCUAAACUUUUCUUUCUAAAAUGUCAAAGUUUGCUCGCGUGUUUUUGUAGCCUACCUUCGUCUAUGGAAUCUUCUUGGGGAUAUUAGAAAUAGCCUAACGGACAUGGAGGAGUUUAUCAACUUUUCCCACACAAGGUGCCUUUUGUUCGUGAAUAAGGCAGCGUGCUUUUGGAAGACUAGACCAUGAGGGAACCCAUCGAGCGCACAACUGUCGAUUAGGCGACUGGUUGCUUGAGAGCGUCAAAAUAAAAUGAAUGAAGCAGCCGUGUAGACGAUGGAAAACACAACAACGAACAACUGGAGGACUCUUUGAAUAGGCAGCGGGAGUCUGGAGGAGAGAAGAAGAUUGGCAGAAGCUAUUAAGAAGACAUUCCGUGACAGCAGCAGAUCCCGACACAGCUACAUCACAGAAUGAGGAUGAAAUACACAAUCUCCCUUGUCUUCAUUGUGGCACUGGUCAUCAUUGAGAAGGAAAACAACAUUAUCUCACGGGUUUCAGACAAGCUCACCCCAAAGCAGACCCCCCAGACACCCCUCCAGCCCAGUAACUCUGCCCCAGCCUCAGCCCUGGGUCUCCUGAAGUUGAAUGACUCCUCCUUCACUACCCUGAGCAAGCUGGACCCUGUCUUCAGCCUCAUGAAGAGACGCCUGGAGAACUACACCGAGCAGAGGUCAGACGUCAUGGGGUCAGCAGGAAACAGAAAACACAUCCUCCUAUUGGCCACCACGCGGACAGGCUCCUCCUUCGUGGGCGAGUUCUUCAACCAGCAGGGAGACAACAUGUUCUACCUGUUCGAGCCGCUGUGGCACGUCGAGAGGUCGCUGACGUUAGAGGGCGGCGGGACCAACGCCACAGCCGCCGCCCGGGCCUACCGGGAAGUCCUCCAGGGGCUCUUCCUGUGUGACUUCACCCCUCUGGAGAGCUUUAUUGACCCACUUCCUGUCGACCACGUCACCUCAGCCCUGUUCAGGAGAGAAUCUAGCAGCUCUCUCUGUGAGGAGUCCGUCUGUAGCCCGUUCGUUAAGAAAGUCUUUGAACGCUACCAUUGCAGGACCAGGAAGUGUGGUCCCCUCAACCUGACCAUGGCGUCCGAGUCAUGCCAGCAGAAGGAGCACAGGGCCAUUAAAUCCGUCCGGGUGCGUCAGCUGGAGACCCUGAGACCCCUCGCUGAGGACCCUCGUCUGGAUAUCAAGUUCAUCCAGCUGGUGAGGGACCCCAGGGCGGUUCUGGCCUCCCGCAUGGUGGCCUUCUCCGCCAAGUACAACAACUGGAAGAAGUGGGCCGUGGACGGAGACGUGCCCGUUGACGACGACGAGGUGAGGAAGCUGAAAGGGAACUGCGACAACAUCAGGAUGUCUGCGGAGGUUGGCCUGAGACAGCCGUCGUGGCUGAGGCGGAGGUACAUGCUAGUACGUUACGAGGACAUCGCCAGAUUCCCUAUGAGGAAGGCAGCGGAGAUGUACAAGUUCACGGGGAUCCCGUUCACUCCGCAGGUGAAGGACUGGGUACUAAAGAACACCCAGGCUUCUAAUGAGGCGAGUGGAGUUUAUUCAACACAGAAGAACUCCUCCGAGCAAGUAGAGAAAUGGAGGUUCAGCAUACCGUACAAACUGGCCCAGGUGGUGCAGAGAGUUUGUGGACCCACGAUGAAACUGUUUGGGUACAGGUUUGUGAACAGUGAGGCGAUGCUGACGGACAAGUCUAUCAGUUUGAUCGAAGAAAAGAUUUUCAUACAAAAUUUUUCAUAGACAUUUUACGGUAACUCUGAACUAUGCUCAUCAGACAAAGUGGACAAACAGAUGCGAUUAUGAAGUGAUAGUUGUGAGGAUAUUUAUUGGGGACUGUACUAGUAUACAACAGAGUAAUGUAUAAGACCCUUUAUAGAUACAUAUUAAAUGAUAACAUGUUACACUCCACGGUGUAGAAGGAAAUACACAUUUUUGUGUGUAAU